AUGUCCCCAGUUCUCCUGUGGCCAUUGCUAAAUGUGUGGGAUGAUGAUGAACCCAUACUUCAUACAUUUGCGGAUGACUUGGAAUCUUUCUUCUGGGUGAUAUUAUGCGUGUUGUUGAGCAUUGGCGCCGAGUGUAAUAGUUUAACAGGUAAAGAGAGAAAAUGGCUCCUUGCAAUACUCACCACAGACGACCCUUGCAUAAGUGGACACGUUAAAGGAUCCACGCUGUGGAUGCUGGAGACCUCAGUCCUGAGAGCAAAACACAAACUUUCCCCUGUUUUCAAGAUUUUUUUACCCUUUUUCACAGACAUCAUACCGCUCAUGAACAAGGCUACGAUGGCUGUUGAUGAGCUCAAUUCAGACAACUUGCCCAACACCCAUCCCACCUGA